AGCAUUCCAGUCGAACAUCAAUUCAUUUGCGCGGUGCGUCCCUCAAUCUGACUUAAUGCUAUGGCUGGAAAUCAUGGGUCUACAGACCAAAUUGUUACCAAGCUUAUUGACAUGGGUUUCGAAAGUUUUCAAGCUAUGGAAGCGGUAGAGGCCGUGGGUCCAACUUUAAAUGAAGCAGUUGAUUACAUACUGAAUCAUUCAUCUAAGAACAAUGGAGAGGGUGUAUCAAUCACUCCCAAUAAUUCCGCCCCAGGAAAUAAGUCAAAAAAUUUGGGUAAAAGAUCAUCUUCAUUGUCAUGCCCAUUUGGUCAGAUUAGACAGUCUAGCAUAAUGGAGCAUCUUCAACCUCUAGGCAAGCCAAAGAAGAGCAGGAGUUCUGUGGUAUCAAAUUCCAAGAAAGAUUUGUUAAAUAAACCAUUUGUAGGACAGGAAGAAGCCAAAAAUAUUCGUGUAGAUCAAUCUCUUGAUGCAAGCUUUACUCCGGAAUUCUAUCAAACAUCAUGUGGCUCGUACCCACUGCAGAGAGAAGAUCAUGAUAUGGAAAUUGGACCAGAUUGGGACCAGAAAGCCAACAAACUGUUGCAAAAGCAUUUUGGAUAUUCAGGACUAAAGAGUUUUCAAAAGGAAGCGCUGGGUGCUUGGUUAGCCCAUCAGGAUUGUCUAGUUCUGGCAGCAACAGGGUCUGGGAAAUCUAUAUGUUUUCAGCUACCUGCACUUUUAACUGGGAAGGUUGUGGUUGUGAUUUCUCCAUUAAUAAGCUUGAUGCAUGAUCAAUGCUUAAAGCUAGCAAAACAUGGAGUGUCUGCAUGCUUUCUUGGAUCUGGACAGCCAGACAACAGUGUUGAAAAGAAAGCAAUGAACGGCAUUUACUCCAUCAUUUAUGUUUGCCCAGAGACACUACCUGCACUUUUAACUGGGAAGGUUGUGGUUGUGAUUUCUCCAUUAAUAAGCUUGAUGCAUGAUCAAUGCUUAAAGCUAGCAAAACAUGGAGUGUCUGCAUGCUUUCUUGGAUCUGGACAGCCAGACAACAGUGUUGAAAAGAAAGCAAUGAACGGCAUUUACUCCAUCAUUUAUGUUUGCCCAGAGACAGUUUUAAGAUUAAUAAAAUCUCUAAAGAGGCUGUGUGAGAUCCGUGGAAUUGCUUUGUUUGCCAUCGAUGAGGUGCAUUGUGUUUCUAAGUGGGGCCAUGACUUCAGACCAGAUUACAGGCGAUUGUCUGUGCUGCGAGAGGCAUUCAGCACCAACAGUUUAGAUUUCUUGAAAUUUGAUAUACCAAUUAUGGCACUGACCGCCACUGCUACUAUUUGUGUCCGAGAAGAUAUUCUUAAGGCACUUUGCAUGUCAAGUGAAGCAAAAAUUGUUCUGACAACAUUCUUUCGGCCAAACCUUUGUUUCUCAGUGAAACAUAGUAGAACAUCUCAAUCUUCCUAUGCGAAGGAUUUCAAAGAACUAGUGCAAGUGUACUCUAGUAAGAGAGCAAUAGGUAAAAUGAAUCACUUUGUUGGGAAAGAAGACUCCAAUAGCAGUUCUGAUAGCAGUGGUAUGAAUAUUACGGAGGAUGAUAGCUUUGACUUAGAGGAUUAUGAGCUAAAUUCACUAAACAGAACUGCUCCCACCGUGUCAAAAGAGAAACAACUGUCAGUUGAGUAUCUCGAAGAUGAUUUUGAUGACAUUCAGACAGCAGAUGACUUUGAUGUUUCAUGUGGCGAGUUUUCUGGGACAUCAAUGGUUGGUAAUCAGAAGCUUAAUGAGAUUGAGAUACCGAUUGGCCCUUCAAAGCCAGUGGAAGCAGUGCCACUUGUGCAUGGUCCUUUGGCACAAGGUCCAACCAUCAUAUAUGUGCCUACAAGAAAAGAUACGCUAAAUAUAGCUAAGUUUCUUUGUGCAGAGGGUGUGAAGGCUGCAGCUUAUCAUGCAGCGUUGCCAAAAGCACACCUAAGACGAGUUCACGCGGAGUUUCAAGGGAAUGCCUUGGAUGUUGUUGUUGCAACCAUUGCUUUUGGAAUGGGAAUUGACAAACUAAACGUGCGAAGGAUCAUUCAUUAUGGAUGGCCACAGAGUUUGGAAGCAUAUUAUCAAGAAGCAGGCAGGGCUGGGCGAGAUGGGAAAAUGUCAGAUUGCAUUUUAUACGCUAAUCUGUCCAGAAUCCCCACUCUUUUGCCUAACAAGAGAUCCGAAGAGCAAAAGAAACAGGCUUACAAGAUGUUGUCUGAUUGUUUUAGAUACGGCAUGAACACUUCCCUCUGCCGAGCCCUAAUGCUGGUAGAAUACUUUGGGGAGGAGUUCACUCAAGGCAGCUGCAGCUCAUGUGAUGUUUGCAAAAAUGGGCCUCCUGAGCUGCAAGAUUUGACAGCAGAAGCAAAUCUUUUCAUGCAAGUUGUUGCCUCUCACCACAAACAGGACAGUUUUGCUGAAAAUUUGUAUGCUGACGAUUUUGCCCCUACUGAUCUGAUGCAGCAGAGGUUUUCUGAAAGGCCAAAUCUUAGGACGGUAGUCGCGAAGAUUAGGGAACACUCUCAGAAGUUCCUAAACAGUGAGCAACUAUGGUGGCGUGGCCUGGCUUGUAUGUUGGAGAACCAGGGUUAUAUUCAAGAAGGAAGUGACACCAUUAGUGUACAAAUCAAAUAUCCUCAAGUAACCGAAAAAGGUCUGAAAUUUCUGGAAUCAGAAGCCCAGCAGAAUUUUGUUGCAUACCCAGAAGCAGACAUGUUACUGUCCUUAACAAGAGCACAGAAACCCUUUUUGUCUUUCUCGGAGUGGGGGAAAGGGUGGGCGGAUCCUGAGAUUCGCAGGCAGCGCCUUGAGAGGCGCAGAUCCACUAGAAAAUUCCGAAAGCCACGAAAAUCGCGAAAUGGAUCGUCCAGUCGAGGACAGCCAAAUUUGGGAACAGUAAGAGGAAGGUUAGCAGCUAAACUUUCAUUUCCGAAAAGAUGAGCUUCUUCUCAACAUACCUUUCUUUUGGAUACCUUAAUGCAAUUGUAGUUCUGCCUUCUAGCAUAGUAAGAGGCAAAUUCUUUUGAGAAAUUUACUUAAAUAGGAGUAAAACAUAAUGACUUUCCCCAUAUAGGAUCAUAUGUUUUUAUUUCCCAAUGUAAGACCUUUGGUCAUUAUCAAGUAGUCAUUAUUCAACUAAAUGUUCAUCAUCAUUGCUGGACAUUAUUCCUUCCAUUAGGUCAUUAUUAAGUCCUAUUUAGAGAAUAAAAAAGUUCAAGUCUUACAUUAGGAAAGUCAUUAUGUUUUAGUCCUAUUUAGUGCAAAUUUCACAAUUCUUUUUUCAGAGAUAUAUUCUUUUACCCUUCAUGGAUAUGGAGGGUAAAAUUG